UGACAUCUGGACAGAGGGAGGGAAGUCAAGGAGAAGGAGGGAUUCGCUGUAAUUCCCAGUCUACGCUCUGCACUCAGCCAACAGCAAUCCCUCACUACACACAACACAGAGGAGAGCUGCUGUGUUAUCAUCAGCACAAAAGAGGAAAAAAUACACAACUUCCCAUCACUCAGUUAUGUUGGAGGAAUCCAUGAAACGGUGUUGCUACAAGCACGACAUGAAGUAACAGAGCAAACUGCUGCACAAUACAGAAGUCAGCUAAGAGUGACAGGAAGGCAAGAUAGGACACAACUGGAUGGUAUUGAAUCUCAGGCGAUGGAUACUCACAAGAAGGAAAUGGAGUUUCUAAGUAACAGCAUAGCAGCAUAUGCUCAUAUUAGAGAUAACCCCGAAUCCUUUGGUCUUUACUUUGUGCUUGGAGUAUGCUUUGGACUGAUCUUAACUCUCUGUAUGCUGGUGAUCCGCAUCUCUUGCAAGCCUCGAACUCCCAGCGUUCCUUCCAAACCGAAAAAGACUCCUCCUAAAGACUUUAUAAAAGAGCCCCUGUCUGUUGUGGUGGAUGGAGAGGAGCCAGACAGCGAUGACAAUGAAGAAACAUUUAUCUUGACUCCUGUGACAGACACACCCCUAGGAGCCCAGACCCCUAUGGAUGGUACACUGUCAGUUAAUGUAUUCGCAUCAGCAGAAGAGCUGGAGAGAGCUCAGAGGUUAGAGGAGCGGGAGAGGAUAAUCCGAGAAAUAUGGCGGAAUGGACAGCCUGAUAUUCUGGGCACAGGAACUGGCACCAUUGGUCGUGUACAUUACUAUUGAUAGUAACACAGGAAGUUAAACUGAAGUUGGUGCUAUUUCUCAGCAUUAAAAAGGCAACUGCCUUUCCUUGCCUUCCAAAAUACAGCAUAUCAGAUACCCAGGCACUUUUCUCCAUGUAGCUUUGCCUUAUUAGACCAUUGACUUUCCAGUAAUAUUGAUGCCAAUGGAUAUCUUUCUAAAAAUAGAAAAGAAUACAGAGUUUAAUGACACUGUUGCUGCCCAGUGGUGGAUCAGAAUUCAGAAAUGUUCAGUGUGUCUGUAUGACUGUACGCGGCAAAUAUAAAAGGUCACCGCUGACCAAACACAUCUUUAAUGCCAUUGACGGUACCAUAUGGCAUUGGUGAUCUUUUACAUAUUGGCCAGUUUCAAGUGCCACUAUUCACUAUGACCUUUAAGCUGUCUUAUAUGGAUAGGAAAGCUUUGGUAAACGUCACAUUAAGGUGUACAAGAAUGGAUGUAAUCAUAAUAAGAUUUACCAGACAUGCUACCCAGGAAAAGGUUAUUGCAACCAGCAUUUUCAUGUUCUUCAGUGACUUAUAUGAAUCCUUUAUGAUAACAUCAGUUCACUUUUGUGCUGUCUUCCUCUCACUAUCUCAAUCAGAGUGCGAUAUGCAGGUAACCUGCUGGUAUCCAGCCUGGAAUA